CUUCCAUGAUGUUUGAGUUCGGGAAAGCAAGGAACGAUUUUAAGGUCCUGGUGGAGAAGACUGUCAAGAACCAAGCAGCAGAUAAAUAUGUGGCAGAAUUCCGUUCUUAUGAUGGCGGUGACACAGAGAAGAAGCUGGCUAUGGAUCAAGCUUUGAGAGAUGUCAUGCAUGCCUCUGUGACCAACCAUCCUAAUUACGAAGUGUGCCAGUCCGUUAUACAAACUGCAGUAGAACUGGCCACACAGGAGGCUUGUGCACCUUCCACACCAUUCCUUCUUUUGUCUGAUGUCUUUGAUGUUGUAACCCUGAGUCAAUGUGAGGAACUCUUCUGUCUCGUGGAGGACAGAUUAAGUACCUGGAAGUCUGAAACGUUUUAUACAGCAGGCAAAAACUACUUACUCAGGAUGUGUAACGACCUUCUCCGCAGACUCUCAAAGUCUCAGAACACUGUGUUUUGUGGACGGAUACAGCUGUUUCUGUCUAGACUAUUUCCUCUGUCAGAGAAAUCAGCAUUAAAUUUAAUGAGUCAGUUCAACUUAGAAAAUGUGACAACCUACACAACUAAGGCAGACAGAUUUGAGACGGAGUUGAAGGGAGAUGGAAUGGAAGUGGAAGAUGGAGAAACAGAUGACCAACCAAAACCAGUGGACUACAACUUAUACAGAAGGUUCUGGGCAUUACAAGAUUUCUUCAGAAAACCAACACAGUGCUAUGAAAAAGUUCCCUGGAAAAUGUUUCAAAUGAACUCAGAUGAGGUGCUCAGUGCUUUCAAUAGUGCAAAACUAGAUGACAUGAAGUCCUCACGCAAAAAAGUUGCAAUGCCUCGUCCAGCUGACACCACAGCCUUUUUUGCCAAGUACUUGACCAGUGAAAAGUUGAUGGACCUGCAGCUAAAUGAUAGUAACUUCCGGAGGUAUGUUCUUGUCCAGUUCCUCAUCCUUUUCCAGUACCUCAACUCACAAGUCAAGUUUAAAGGGAGCAAUCAGACGUUGACAGAUGACCAAAGUCAGUGGGUUAAAAACACACAGGAAAAAGUAUACCAACUGAUCAGAGAGACACCCCCAGACGGAGAGCAGUUUGCCCGUAAUGUAGAGCACAUAUUGUCCAGAGAGGAGUACUGGAACGAUUGGAAAAAUGACGGCUGUCCAACUUACGAGAGAGAAAAAUGCACAGAUGCCAAACAAAGAACAAAGGCAAAGCGACGAUGGGUUGGAGAUGAUCUUCAGGCUAGUGGUGGAAAGAUUAUCAAAAUGGGGAGUUCGGAAUUAACACGCCUGUGGAAUAUCAACCCUAACAACAUGGCAGCAUGUCGGGCAGACAAAAGAGUAUUUCUACCGACGUUAGAGGAGUAUUUUGCUGAAGCAAUGGAACAAGCCGACCCUGAAGCCAUGAUAGAAGAUGAAUACAAAUUGAUUAAUGAACAGAUAUUCCAAUGGAAGUCCUUACGUUUGUUGGCACGGCGUAGUCCCCAUUUUUUCACACAUACCAACAAGCCUGCUAUCCCCUUGUCUGAGUAUCUAGAAGCAAUGCUAAAUAAAAUUGCCAAGGAAAUUCCACAGACAGCCAGUAAUGAGGAGAUGAAAACAGAAAUCGGUGAGGAGGAAGAAGCUAUCCAGGAACGACAAGAGAUUGAAGAACAGAAUGAUGAACAAGGUAAAGACAAUACAGAGGACACUCUCACACAGCCCACAUUGGACCUCCUAGCAACUGCUCUGAAAGGGGAAUGGAAGAAACUAGCUACAGAACUCAACUUCCCUGAGGAUGAUAUCACUUAUUUUGAAACAGAGAACAGUGACGAAAAACAGCAAGCAUUAAAGAUGCUCACCGUCUGGCUGGGUAACGAGGGUGAACGUGCUACAGAAGGAACACUGAAGAUAGCUCUAAAGGAGGUCGGACUCACGGAUGAGAUACAAUCAGUGUUCGGCAAAUCUUGAUCUUUAACUUCAGUCUUAUGGUUGUAAUACUGAUAAUUUCUCCUAAAUCUUUAAAUCAUGGCCGAGAUGUUUUGUUACACAGAUGUUCUGUUGGAUCUGUCAAGGAAUGAGAAAAGAUAUUCAUGAUCAGAGGUCAGCAGGAAAAAUUGACAUGAAGCACAACAAAUGAUUAAAAUUUGAACAUGUGAAAUGUAUGGUUUGUGAUACGUGUCAAUGUGCUACUAAAACAGCAGGAAAAAUUGUGUGAUUGAGUUCAUUUGAUGGCGGCCAUAGAUUUCACAAACUGUGAGGUGUGUGAGUGUUUCAAACGGAGAGAAAAGAGGAUGUGACAUUAAUUUUACAUGAAAGUGAAUUUUUCAUCAAGAAAUCAUGGGACCAUGUUUGACAGCACAAAACCCCAAAAAAUGCAAAAUCAUCAAUUUUCAUGAGGUAUUCAUUUUUGCUGAAUUGGUGGGUAUUUCUUACCCACGUUAUAUCUCCACAAAGUGAUAGAUGAAUAAAAAUUGACAUGAAUUAUAGUACUAGCAGUAUUUAACCAUGAAAUCAAGUGCCAAGGAUAUUCAAGCCUCUCAAAAAUAGUGAUUUUACAGUAUCAUAUUUAAACUGAUAUUACUGUAGUUAUAUUAUUCGUGAGUUAAUGAAAAUUUCUUUUUGGUGCUGUUAAUAACAAAUUGGAUCCUGUUUUAUGGACAAAAAUGUCGCUGUUUUAUUGACUUUCUGCCACGAUGCAGAAAAUGUUAUAAAAACAUGGCAUAAAAUGAUACAUUAUCAUUACAUUAAUGUUAAUAACAGUGGUAAAAUACAACUUACAGUUUACUCUCUCUUUAAAAAGUCAGAGU